AUGAAACAAUGGUCAGGAGGACAAAAACAACGUAUUGCCAUUGCUCGCGCUAUUAUAAAAGAUCCAAUGAUUUUAUCGUUGGAUGAAGCGACAAGUGCUUUAGAUACACAAAGUGAAAGUAUUGUACAAGACGCUUUGAAUAAGGCAUCUAAAAACAGAACUACAAUUGUCAUAGCUCACAGAUUAUCCACUAUACGUAAUGCUACAAAGAUUAUUGUAAUGAAUCAAGGUUCCAUUAUGGAAAUCGUAGAUCAUCAUUUAAAUCAUGUCAUUACCAACUUAUCUGCAUCAUCAUCAAUUUUGUCUGAACGAAAAGAAGAUCUUGAAGCUGGAAUUAAACAUGAUUAUGAAUAUACUACUUGGGAAAUAUUUAAAAAAGUUGGAAAAAUGAAUCGACCAGAAACUCUAUUUAUAAUUAUUGGCCUACUUGCUGCAAUUAUUUGUGGUAGUGUAUAUCCAAUAUUUGCCAUCAUAUUUUCACAUAUUAUAGAAUCUUUUUCUAAACCUCCGGAUCAAAUGAAACAUGAUUCAACCUUUUGGUGCUUUAUGUUUCUUGUAAUCGCGGUAGCCUCUUUAAUUGGUCAAACUGUACAAGGUGCAGCUUUUGGUUAUUCUGGUGCAAAUCUUACAGAACGAAUUCGAUCCAUGUCUUUUGUAUCUUUGUUGCGACAAGAUAUAGAAUUUUUUGAAAAAGAACGAAAUAGUGUUGGUAUCUUGACUAGUGCUUUAUCAGUAGAUGCCGCUCGCGUAAAUGGUUUGGCUGGUCUUACUCUUGGUACUCUUUUGCAAGUAGUCACUACAGUUAUUACCGGAUUUGUUAUUGGACUUGUCAUAGGAUGGAAACUUACAAUAGUUUGUGCAAUUUGUAUUCCUCUAUUAAUUUUUUCUGGUGCUAUUCUUAUUAAGAUGUUGGAUGGUUUUCAAGAAAGGACCAAAAAAGCAUAUGAAGAAUCUGCUCAAACCGCAUGUGAAGGUACUGCAAAUAUUAGAACAGUAGCUGCUCUUACCCGUGAAGAAGAUUUAUGGAAUAUAUAUCAUCAUAAACUUGAUGAACCAAUGAAACAAGGAUAUCAUAAUACAAUAUUUGCAUCAAUUUCUUUUGCAUUUGCACAAUCUAUUCUCUUCUUCACAAAUGUAUUUUUUGCUAUAAUCUUUGGUUCAAUGGCUGCUGGUAGUGCAUUUGAGUUUAUACCUGAUUCUGGAAAAAAAAUUGAAAACAUUGAGGGACUUAUUGAAUUUCAUGAUGUUCACUUUAGUUAUCUCAAUCGCCCUCAUGUACAAGUUCUCGAUGGAUUAAAUUUAAAAGUCAAACCUGGACAGUUUGCAGCAUUAGUCGGAUCAUCAGGAUGUGGUAAAAGUACCACUAUUGGACUUACAGAAAGAUUUUAUCAAAUAACAAGUGUAAAAGUUACUAUUGAUGGAAUAGAUAUUUCAACCAUCAAUACAAAUAGUCUUCGAAAAAAUAUUGCACUUGUUAAAGAUCUUGAACGGGUAUGCCGAGAAGCCAAUAUUUAUGAUUUCAUUUCACAAUUACCAGAUGGUUUUAAUACUCAAGUAGGGGGAAAAGGAACACAACUUUCGGGAGGACAAAAACAGAGAAUUGCUAUUGCACAUGCAUUGAUACGAAAUUCUAAAAUUUUAUUACUUGAUGAGGCUACAUCUGCCUUAGAUUUCCAAUCAGAAAAGGUUGUGCAAGAUGCAUUAGACCAAGCAGCUAAAGGAAGAACAACAAUCCCUGUUGCACAUAGAUUAUCAGCAAUUCAAAAUGCUGAUAUAAUUUUUGUGUUUAAAGAUGGUAAAGUAAUAGAACAAGGAACACAUCAAGAACUAUUAGUACAAAACGGAAUUUAUUAUAUGGUUCAAAAACAAGAUUUGAGAACAUAA